ACUUAGCUUCCCUAGUUGCUUCAAAAUCUAUAGCAUGGAUGGUUACCGAAAGACUACGUUAAAGCCAUGGAAGAAAGGCCCUGCAAGAGGAAAAGGAGGGCCUCAGAAUGCUAUGUGCGAGUAUCGAGGAGUUCGACAAAGGACUUGGGGGAAAUGGGUGGCGGAAAUCAGGGAGCCAAAGAAAAGAACAAGACUGUGGCUGGGGUCUUUUGCCACGGCGGAAGAGGCUGCCAUGGCAUAUGAUGAAGCUGCGAGAAGGUUAUACGGGCCAGAUGCUUACGUCAAUCUUCCCCACCUGAGAUCAAACUUCAACCCUUUGAACAAAUCACAGAAGUUCAAAUGGUUCCCUUCCAAUAGCCUCGUCUCGAUGUUUCCUAGUACCGGUUUGCUAAAUCUGAAUGCCCAACCUAGUGUACAUGUUAUUCACCAAAGACUCCAAGAACUCAAGGAAACAGGAUUAUUAUGUCAAACAUCUUCAGCAAGCACAUCAUCUAGCAAUCCCAAGAGCGACGUAGAAUAUGUGGAUGAUCAUCCCCAUGUUGAAAGUCUUGAAGGAAAAAAUAAUGACGAAGUGGAGCACCCUUGGGAAAACAAGUCACUAAACCAAGAAGAAAAGCCUCAGAUUGAUCUAAAUGAAUUCCUUCAGCAACUAGGAAUACUUAAAAAAGAGGACCAGCCUGAUGUAAGUGAAGUACCCUCAAACUUCAUUGAUAAAGAUUUCUCACCAAAAGACGAUGACGUAUUCACCAACCUUCCUGAAAAUAUUUUCAACUGGGAAACGCCAAGUGAACUACCUGGAAUUGAAGACAAUCAGCUAGUGGAAAAUAGUAGGUUUCAUGUCGACAAUGAUAAUGAUGACGAUCCCAGUUUUCCUCCAUCCAUUUGGAACUUCUGAAGUAGCCAGCAGAGGACAUAUUAGCUCCCAAUAGUAAAGACCAUCCAAGAAUACACUUAUACCUAUAUGUUUAUAGC